CUAGGAAGGGGGGUGUAUGGAAUUUCCCGAGUGGCCACGUUCUUCCACAGACUCCAUCCCGGAACUGACCAAGCUGUCCGACAUGACAAAGCUCCACCAAGCCGUGGCAGCCGGGGACUGCAAAGCGGUGAGGAAGAUCCUGAAGCAAGGCCUCUGUGACCCGAACUACAAGGACGGGGACUGGAAUGACCGGACCCCGCUUCACUGGGCCGCCAUCAAAGGACAAAUGGAGGUGCUGCGUCUCCUGAUGGAGCACGGAGCCAGCCCCUGCCUGGUGACGGACGUGGGCUGGACGGCGGCGCACUUCGCGGCCGAGGCGGGCCACCUGCACGUCCUCAGAGCCCUGCACGCCGCCCGCGCGGCCCUCCACGCCCCGGACUUCUUCGGGGACACGCCCAAGAGGAUUGCCCAGAUCUACGGGCACGCAGCCUGCGUGGGCUUCCUGGAGACGGCGGAGCUGGAGAGCCAGGCCCUCGGGCUGGGGCUGGAGCAGAGGGACCCGGACUGGGACGCCAAGAAAAGAGAGCUGGAGCUGUCCCUCCCUUCCCCGCCCCGCCAGGGCCAGGCCCGGAGGACCAGGAGGAAGCCGGGCCCCGCCGGGCCCAGUGCGCCCCACCGGGCCUGA